CCCCGUCUCCUGCUCUGCCUCAUGGGUGGACAUUGAUCCUAUGACGCAUGCCCGGAAGAAACAGCUCUUGCUUCUGAAACACUCAGCUGGUUUUGCUGGCCAAGCUUUGUCACCGAUUGACGGUGAGAGAAUGGAUAGGACUGAGGCAGAGGGCAGCAAGCAUGGAAAUGGCACUGAAGGGCAGAACUGCCAGACUAGAUUUGCCAGCACAACUAAAAGCAGGAAUUUGCAGGAACUCCGAAAGACAUAUCCCUUGAGGAAACGCCUCAGCUCCUCUGUGGACAAAAAAACCUGCUCUGUGCUACUCACAAGGCUAGAGGAUGUAGCUGGAUCACUGUCGGAGGAGACUCCAAGUGGGAUGAAAAGAGGUCUUUCCAGUUGCAUAGAUGACUUCAGACCUUCCUGCCUUCCAGAACAAGUUCAGGUAGCGGGAGCAGGGAAACAAGACUCUUCUAUAGGCAAAUGCCAGAUAUCAUGCCUUGGGGCUGAGGAGGAAGGGCACAAUGCCUGCCUCUCGGAGCCCAGAAAACGAAGGCUAGCCUCCCUGAAUGCUGAGGCGGUGAACAACCUGCUCUUUGAACGGGAUGACAACUUAUUAUCUGGCAGGCGUUUUCGAAAAGAUUCCCCCCAAAUCAGUGGGAUUUGUUGCACUAAUAGUAUAUGUUGCAAAGCUCAGGGCCCAUGGCCCUUGACGGAAAAACGAACCACUAAAACGGUGAAGGGAAAGAACCAGACUAAAUCAAGUCAGAAGUGUGCUCCUUACAACCAGUCCCUGGAUGGUGUCUUUGAAGGGAAAAGACGGGAGGACAAGGGAAUUUCCUACCAUCCUGCCCCAAAGAGAUUGGCCAGUCUCAAUGCUGCAGCUUUUCUGAAACUGACCCAUGAGAAAGACCAACCAUUAAAGCCCAGAAGUAAAUCAACUGGAGAAAGCAAGAUGGAAGGACACAGUUCCAAAUCAAAACUCAAGUGGGCCAAAGUCAAUGGAAAAAAUUGUGUUAAAUCCAAAAAGGAAAUAUCCUCUGUCAAAACAGAGGGUCAGCGUAGCUGGCAAGGAAUCCCUGAGGGUGCAUUUAGAAAAGUAGGUCAUCAGGAUUCUCCUAGAAUCUAUGGGAAAACAGAAUCCAUCAGUUACAAACCAUUGCCUAACUCUUCUGAAGGCACAGAGGGUUUCUACCACAGACUGCCUUUGCUAAUGGGUGGGCAAGCUUCCAUGAAGCCUGAAUAUGGAAGACCUGGAGAGAAAUCUCCUACCCCCAAGCAGGAAUUUCAUCAGCCUUCCUUCCCAGUACCUCAGUUCCAUCCUUUGCCUGUGCCAGGCAAUCAUCCAGAUUGUGGCUGUCUCUUUGAAUCGUCUGACUUGACGCCAUUGAAUGGAUUUUAUGUUUAUUAUGGCCAAAGCGGAUACAAUAGUUAUACUCAUUGCUCGAUAUAUCCGAAGGAUGAGUUGUCGCAGGCAACGGGUUGUGAGGGGCUUUUGGUAUCUCCAGGUUCCUUACCGUCUGACCCCUCGUUUCAGCCAUUUCAUUGGUGUAGCUCUCCAUAUUGUUGUGGAGAGGGACCAGCAAUUAACAGCUUCAGCCUUUGUGGAGUUAUGCAUGUACCAGAAAGCAGAAUUGGUAGUGUGCAUACAGGGCGGAAUGGCUACCCUUAUAAGAUGCCUUUUGCAGCAGAUAGCUGCAAGUCCCUGGACCAGCUGAGCCUCACAAUCCCAGUGGCAGGACAUCCCGUUUCACCUGCCCAUCCUCUCUCAGGAUGUCCGGUACCCAGUGUGCCACCCGCUGCAGAACCUGUUCCUCACUUACAAACGCCAAACUCAGAGCCCCAGACUAUGGCCCGUGAAUGCCCACAGAGCUCCAAACCACCCAGCGGCUCUAAAUCUGGCCUCCGGAAUUCUACUAGCUGCUUGCACGUGUCUGACAGCAAAACAGUUGGAAGUCACCUGCAUCCCAAGCAGCAACGCAUCAACCGGAGGAGAGCCACAAAUGGCUGGAUACCCAUUGGAGCGGCAUCUGAGAAGGCCGUCUAUGUUGUGAAUGAGCCAGAACCAGCUGUUCGUAAGAGCUACCAGGCUGUGGAGAGAGAUGGAGAAAUCAUUCGGGUUCGGGAUACAGUUCUUCUGAAAUCAGGGCCAAGGAAGAAAUCAAUGCCUUAUGUGGCUAAGAUAUCUGCCCUGUGGGAAGACCCCAAAACAGGUAUUAAGCACAAAACCUAUGUCCCUUGUACAGGCUGUCAAG